ACCGAACGUAGUGAUAACUGGAUUGAAUGCAUUCGAUUGUGUGUGCAGUAGUUUGUUGUGUAAUGUGUGCACACUAGUCUACCCAUUACGGUAUAACAACACAACACCCCCGCGUCGCGCUCGUCCGCCGUAGUGGCGUUCUUCGGUGUAUGUUUUUUGAUUUGUUCGUCCCCGUCAACGGCUUUCAGAUUGGUGCAUGUGCGUAUAGAUUGAUAGCUUUUGGUUUAUAGACAUUCGCCGUCUCGUGUGUCGCGCGCGCCGUGUCUGUCCGCCGUCGCGCCGCUCGCCGCCCGCAGUCUGCGACACCGCCGUCGUUGUUUUCCGACCGACCGACCGACCGACCGAAUCGCAUCGCCAGCAAUCGGUGACGACCGCCGCCCGAGUGUCGGGCGAAAUGGACGCCGUCAAUCGGUUCACGUCCACUGGUGCCCACCGACCAACCGUCGUCGGCGUUUCUCUGUGAAUUCCACGCAAGUCGUCCCGUCGCAUCCGACACGAUGUCGUGCCGACCGCUUAUUGCGGCGCCGUCGUUCGCGGCAGCAACGUCGUUGCUGUUGAUAGGUUUGUGUGCGGUUUCGUUCGCCCACUCUUCGAGGCAACAGAUCCAAGACGGAUCGAUCGGCGACGACACGACCGGCCACCAUGGCCGGUGUGAACCCAUCACCAUACCGUUUUGCAUGGGCAUAGCGUACAACGAAACAAUCAUGCCCAACUUGUUUGGCCAACAGCGUCAAGACGAAGCGGGCUUCGAAGUGCAGCAGUACUAUCCGCUGGUGAAAAUCCAGUGUUCGCACGAUUUGCAAUUCUUUUUGUGCAGUGUUUUCGUUCCCGUCUGCACUAUUAUCGAAAGACCUAUCCCACCGUGUCGAUCACUGUGUGUGUCAGCUCGUAAUGGUUGUGAAUCGAUCAUGAAUCGUUUUCAAAUCCAAUGGCCCGAUAACCUAGAAUGUUCAAAGUUCCCUGAAAACGGGCAACUCUGCGUUGGUGAGAAUAACGUAACAAACACUUCUCCGACACCGCAGACUGGCUUAAUAGAACAAAACGGAAAAGAUUUUUCAGCGCCAGGUUCUAGACACUUUUCAGGAGACCAAGGAUAUUCAAACAAUCCCAAUAGCUUUGACAUUGGAUUCGUUUGCCCACAACAAUUUCGAAUUGAGUCUAACAGUAAUAAAAAAAGAUCUGAUAGAAAUAAUCAAGUUUAUACAUUAAAAGUUGGCAAUAAGGUAGUAAAGGAUUGUGGUGUACCGUGUGAUGCAUUUUGGAGUCAAGAUCAAAUGCGCAAAGCUAGAUCAUGGGUGGCUUUGUGGUCUGUAUUGUGUGCUAUAUCCUGUUUGUUUACAUCUUUAACAUUUGCCAUCGAUACUCACCGUUUUCGAUAUCCUGAACGACCAAUAAUAUUCUUGUCUUUAUGUUAUCUGAUGGUUUCCAUAUCUUAUCUGAUUGGAUAUUUAUCAGGAAACAACAUUGCGUGCAACAAGCAAAAUUUAAUUACUCAAGGUACAGAUGAUAAUGAAUGGUGCACUGUACUAUUUAUGGUGUCGUAUUUCUUUAGUACUGCAUCUUCUGUAUGGUGGGUUGUGUUGACAUUGACUUGGUUCUUGGCUGCGGGACUUAAAUGGGGACAUGAAGCUAUUGAAGCAAAUUCUCAUUAUUUCCACUUGGCGGCAUGGACAGUUCCUGCUGCUAAAACAAUUACAGUACUGGCUAUGGGAAAAAUUGAGGGUGAUGUGUUAACUGGUAUCUGUUCAAUGGCUGUUUGGAGUGAUGAUACUGCUGUGAGAGAUAUGGUGCUGAUUCCUUUAGUAGUAUACUUGAUCUUGGGUACAGCAUUUUGGAUGGCUGGAUUUGUUUCUUUAUGCCGCAUUCGAAAAGUAAUGAAACAUGAUGGCACCCGAGGUACUGACAAAUUGGAAAAAUUGAUGAUAAGAAUUGGGGUCUUUAGUGUUUUAUACACAGUACCUGCUGUGGCUCAAAUCUUAUGCUUAGUUUAUGAACAUGUCAAUCUCAGUUCAUGGAUAAUUAGUUGGCAUUCUACUCUUUGUCAAGAUCCAAAGUAUGCUUUACCAUGUCCUUCUCAACCCAGUGAUCCAGGAAGAAAACCUAGCUUUGAGGUGUUUAUAGCUAAAUAUUUUGUUUCAUUAUUAGUUGGUCUUACAUCGAGUGUUUGGAUUUGGUCUGGUAAAACUUUAAAUAGUUGGCAAAAAUUUUUGGCACGAAUUCGACCUAAUUCAGGUAAAUCUGAAGCAUAUGUUUAAUUAAGUUUAAGAUUUGGUUUAUUAAUGUAUCAUCAACAUUUGUUUAUUAAUUGAGAUUUCUUACAAGCUAAUAUAUUUUACUCCAACCACAGGGCAUAUAUUAAUUAGGGAUGAUUUGAUACCACUUUUUGACUAUCCAAUUAACUUUUAUAUUGGCUUAAGUCCAACUUUCAAUGUACAUAUUAGUUAUCAAAAUUUGACCACCCUUAAUCGAUAUAUAAUUAACAUCACUAAAUGUCAUGUAUAUAAUUAUACAUUCAGUGGUAAUUAAAUGUAUAUUUAUGUACAUAUAAAAUAAUAAUAAUCAUUAUUUAGGCUUGUUUAACAAUUUAUUACUUUUACUAAGUAGUAACAAUAAUCCUUAUUUCUUAGAAAUAUAAUAAUCAUUGAUGUUACGCUAGAAUUAUAUAUUUUUUUUAAUUUUAUACACCACAAUUUCUACUACUAUUAUUUAUGUAAUUUUAUG